GAUAUACUUCUCUUGAAUAUACAAUCGCGAUGUUUUUACGUUUCGAUUUCGAUAACAUUCGUCGGCGGCGGUUAUGAGAAUCGUGGAGCGUGCGAGCGAGCGAGAAUGUGCGAUCAGUGGACGAGUCACGAGUGGACAAUCUGUCGCGUGAUGAACGCGGGAGUUUAGUGUGUAUAGCAACGUUAUUAGUGUAUAUACUUGUAUAUAUUAUAGAUGCCUCAUUUCCUCGCAAUGUGUACCUGAUUAAUUAGCACGCUUUAAUCACACCACGUUAAAACGUAUCUACGCACGAUGUCCGCUCUGCGAAAAAAAGCGAGUCGAAGACCGACGAAAGAGCGAAGAGAGCCUGAUAAGUUUGUAGGAGCAGAUAUAACCAUUGACGAAUCCGCUAAUGCUUUACGGAUACCUGUAAAGUUCAAGAAAUCGGUUAGAAAUGUCUCUAAUGAAGUGAAACAGGAAGUAACAAAACAAGAAGAGGAAUUAGUAUGGGAUGACGCGGAUGAAGAGAACUUAUUAAAAGAUAAUACGAAAGAAAGGAGGAAUAGAAGAUCGAAAUGUCAAAACAAUAAUGAUGAAGAUGAAGGAAUUGAUUACCCAUCAGAUAUAUGGUUUAUUAUCUCAGAAUACAUACAACCUGAAGCAGUAGGAAAAUUUGCAAGGAUUUGCAAAAGUUCUUACUACGUAACUACUACUGGAAAAUUUUGGUUUCAUUUAUACAAGUCAUAUUACAAAUUCGUACCAUCUUUACCAGAGCGCCUGCAACCACAAUGUCAGAGGUUACAUGGACUGAGAGCUUGCGUUAUCAGGGCAUUACAUUACAAUUAUUUUAGAACGUCGGAAGGAGAAGGAGACGAUAUGUCUUACUUACGACAGGAGGAACCGCAUUCUCUUGUGAAAAGAAAAUGCAUUCUCAUGUGGCAUAAAGAGGGGAAAGUACGGUGGUAUUUCUAUUUUAAGUUGAAGGAAAUUUCCAAAAUACGUAACAACCUGUUGAAGCAAAAUAAACAGUGUGAUGUUAAAAAAACGGAAUUUCUCGAAACGUUGGAAGACGUGGCUGUUAAUCCCGAAGACGGUUGCAAAGUGCUUAGGGUGAGUUGCUUAAAGUAUAGUAUGUUACCACUGGUGAUCGGGUUGGUCCUGCAAACAGUAUCUAUAAACUUAAUGCCAGGCUUUAGAGAAUACCGACUUCAACUUGGAUUCGGAACGUCCGAUGUUCCUAGUACGUUAACAAAUCAAAUAAUACUUCGUAAUGUUAUCGGAUACAGUAUCUUGAAUUGGUGGGAUCCCGCUUAUCCUCAUCAGGAUGUGGGUUAUACGAUCGAAUUGCCGCAAAACGACUCGUGGGAAAUCUAAAAUUUAUUACAGAUUGUUCUUAUAUUUUGUAUAUUGGGGAAAUAGAGCUUUUAAAUUUUAUAAGACAAAUAUAUAUCAACGCGUAACAAAUGUAAAGUUCGA